UAGAUCUAGAAAUACUGCAGAGUCCGCAAAAUUUUGAAUUUAUUUUUAUAAAUAUAAACUAAAUUAAAUCCACUAUGAUGAAUACAAGUGAAGAAGAAUUUUCGAAUUCCGAUGCGUGGCUAUCCGAGCAACUGUUUGCUCAAUUAAAAGAAUUUAAUUCAGAUUAUAGAGAAAAGUCGGUUGUUGAUGCAUCGACAACAUUUGUAUUUCCUUCCGGUAGUCUCAGCUGUUUGCCUGAAGGAGAACCUCACGACUUAACAAAAUCACGACUUGAAAACUACGAGCCUGUUUUCAAAUUAUCUACACCAACUAAUAUAUCUUCUUUCGAUCUGAACGAUGUGUUGGAUUUAACUAAUAUUACUGGCAGAUGUAACGAUUCAGCGCUGCUGGAUUUGGUUGGGACAGUUCCAUUAACUCCAUUUGUAACUCCCGUUCCUGAGACAACAUUAAUGGUAAAUGAGACAGUGAAACAAACGGCUGAAUCAUCCUUUGAUGUAACAGAAGAGGAAUUAAAGCUUUUGAAAUUUUUGGAGUCACAGCCAACUACUAAUCAGUUUGACACAAAAUCAUAUGUUCAAACUGAGGUUUCACCCACUCCAUAUCGUAUUGUCAAGUGUUCAAAUUGCAAUGUUCUCUUUGAUUUAAUGUCUUUCCAAACACAUAUUUGUGAUUAUGACGAACACCACAAUCUAAUUGCUCCACCAAUAACAUCAACACCUCUCAGCAAACCAAUAAAAGAAGAACCAUUACUACCAGUAGAACCUGCAUGUAUUCGUUUAUUGCGUGAAAAUCAAAUUCGAAUCCGACGAUUUUUAAAAGAUGAACUUAAAUAUGAUGUGAACGCUUCCGUAAGUAGUAAUACAAGUAGCUCUGGCAAUCCGUCGAGUGGCACAUCAAACAUAUCACUGGGAUCCAAUUCUUCGGGAAAUACAUCUAAAAAACAAGAUGGACCCCAUGAGUGUACAUUAUGCGAACGUAAAUUUGUACAUGCUUCAGGUUUAUUACGGCACAUGGAGAAACAUGCUAUGGAUCUUAUUCCGACACCUGGCGUAUUAAGUGGUAAAACAGCCACAUCACAAGGCAGUUCAUUGCAGAGCGUUAAUGGUCUACGUGUCGUCAUUAAAUGUACCUUAUGUGGCCGCGUAUUUUUUGAACCCAUUGCUGCUUUCAAACAUUUGUGUUCUCAUUUUCCUGCUGGCGCUGAAGAAGAAAAGGAGUUCGAUAACUGUGCCGAGAUUCCAUAUGAGUCGUACGUUGAUGACGCUAUGAAUUUUUUGAGCUUGGAGGCAAGUAGCUGUCCUGGAAUGAUGACAAUGCACGGAGAUAAACCUCCCGUUUAUCUUAAAAUGGUUAUUUUAAGCUGCAUUUUGCAGUGUGAAUUUUGUGAUUUUGUUUUCUCAGAAGUAUCCUAUCUGUUUGUACACUCGGCUUGUCAUUUGCCCGAGCGCCGAUUUGAAUGCUUCUCCUGCGAUAUUUAUAUGCGUACGUCCAAAGAAAUUUGUGCACACUGGCAAGCGGAGUGUGUGUUUAUGCGAGAGAACCUAAAGGUGAAUCAGGCGACCACUCAACGUUAUUUUGUUUGUAAUGUAUGCGAGAAUAAAUUUCAAUCUCUUGAUCAGUUGCAUGAACAUAGGUAUACAUCAUAUCACUUCUUUCCACGCUUGAAUAAAAGCGUUGGAGUAUUGCAGUUACCUUGCGAGUACUGCGAUUUAGUAUUCGAAAAUGCGCAAGAGUGUGUGGCUCAUUACGAAGAAAAACAUUAUAAAAAAUAUAAGCGUGACAAAGAUGGAGCAGGCACCUCAAGUAAAACCCGUCAAUACCUGUGUGAUAUGUGUGGUAAAUCAUAUACCCAAUCAAGUCAUUUAUGGCAGCAUUUGCGUUUUCACCAAGGAGUAAAGCCAUUUGCAUGUAAGGAACCAGGUUGUACACGUAAAUUUACAAUCCGUCCAGACUUGAAUGAUCAUAUACGUAAAUGUCACACUGGGGAGCGUCCAUAUCAUUGUUUAGUUUGUGGUAAACGUUUUCUAACCGGUUCAGUUUUCUAUCAACAUCGUCUCAUACAUCGCGGCGAGCGACGUUACGAGUGUGAGGAGUGUGGAAAACGUUUUUACCGGGCUGACGCAUUAAAGAAUCAUCAACGUAUUCAUACUGGUGAAAAACCAUUUGGCUGUCUGUUUUGUACAAAGAACUUCCGCCAACGCGGCGAUCGUGACAAACAUAUAAGAGCUAGACAUUCACAUUUGGAUGCCAAUGCACGGCUGAUGAUGCAAAUGCAAAAACUUCAGCUAGAAGCUGCAGCGGCUGCAGCUGCCGCUCAAGUAGUUGUCCAACAACAGAAUAAUGCAAAUAAUUCUAUUGGUACAAAUGGAAUACCCACUGUGACACCUACGCUCAUGAGCAUGCCGUCUGUUUGCAACGAUAUAAUUGAUGGUCUGGAACCGUCAAUGGAUCCGAACGAAGUUGUUAUGAUCGGAAAUGUGGCAUUCCCGAAAAGUAUGUUUGAAUCUAUUAUUCCAGAUAUUGAUGAAGAAUCGGCACUUAGGGCCAUGGAACAGUUGCAAUAAUACGCCCGAGAAGGUGUCUGUUAUAAAAAUAAUGCAAUAAAUAAUUUAUUAUCAAGUGCAUAGCACAUUCAAGAUACAAACUCUGAUGUUAAUAUAUCGAUAGUAUAAUUUAACUUAUAGUAGAUUCAAUUUGUUAUUUUGUAAACUCAUAACUUAUUGUAGUAUUGAAUGAAUUAUAUUGUGUUUUUUAUGUUUAAAUACAUACAUACAUGUGUGGGUAGUUUGUUUAUGCAUGUAAUGGAUUGAAAAUUUGAAAUAAACAAAUUAUCUUACA